AUGUCAUCGCUUCAAUCUCUUACUGCUCUUACAACUAUUUUCUUCGUUGUCCUUGCUGCUCCAGGUGGCAAUGGGAACGGUUAUCAACAAUACCAGCAAGGUGGAUAUGAGUCAGUCGAAAUGCAACAAGGGGGAAUGCAAAGAGAUCAAGGACUCUAUAGAGGACAGGGACAACUCGGUGGAAGCCAGGGAGGCUUUGGAGGACAAGGUGGACAGGGAGGCUUCGGAGGGCAAGGAGGAUUCGGAGGACAAGAUUUACAAGGAGGGGCCGUAUAUGAUUUCCUUCAAGGACUUCCAAUGCCUCCUUUCCUCCAGAAUGUCACUGAACAGGCCCGUAGACAAUACAUGGCUAUUGUCACUAACUCUUCGUUGACCAUCUCUGAAAUUGGAGAGCAAACAUCCGCGUGGGCACAGACCAACAAUGUUUCGGAACAAUACGAAGCUUUCACCGCCAAUGUAACUGCUAAGCUUGAAGAAAUGAAACAUAACCUAACCAGUGUCCUCACGAAUCUCUCUUCAGUUCUCAACUCGUUGGAGUCUAUCCUUGAGAACGAAGAUCAGACCCUUUCAGCUCAAAAGCAAGCUGUAGAUGAAUUGAGACAAGAAUCUCCAGCUGAAGUUGCUGCAUUGUUCUUCAUUGCUCAGGAAGUUGCGAUGAAAUCGCAAGAAGGUCAACGUGGACAUCAUGGAUCGCGUGGAGGAAGUUCCACUGGAAGACCAAACUUCUCUGGAUUCUCCACCACUACCGCUUCUGGAUAA